UUCUUCUCUCUACCUCUAUACAGUUGUCAUCUGCUUACUAGCUCUCUCACUCACAACUGAUCUCGAUAAACUUUCCUCUCUCUCGCGCUCCUGAUUUUCCAGCAUAUUAGUAUCCAUUUUUUGUCAGCUUCUGUCCUGCCGUUCGUUCUUGGGAAUGAGAACUAUGAGAACCUAUUUCUUCUGUGCCAUGUUCUCGUUCAUCACCUUUCUGAACUCGGGUUCAGCAACUCUCCAAGUGGGAUUCUACCGCUCCACUUGUCCGUCUGCGGAGUCCGUCGUCCGGAAAGCUGUGAACAAAGCGGUGGCCAAGAACCCUGGCAUCGGUGCUGGGCUUAUUAGAAUGCACUUCCAUGAUUGCUUUGUUCGGGGUUGCGAUGCUUCAAUCUUGCUGGAUUCGACCCCAGGCAACCCAUCAGAGAAGGAACAUCCCGCAAACAACCCGAGCUUGCGAGGUUUUGAAGUCAUCGAUGAGGCGAAGGCUGAGCUAGAGUCUCUAUGCCCGCAGAAGGUCUCAUGCGCUGACAUUCUUGCAUUCGCAGCACGCGACAGUGCCUACAAACUCGGCAGCAUCAACUACGCAGUCCCAGCGGGUCGCCGCGAUGGGCUGGUCUCACUCAAAGACGAGCCCUCCCAGAAUCUUCCUCCUUUCUUCUUCAAUGCGCAACAAUUAGAAGCUAAUUUUGCGAGCAAAGGCCUCUCUCUGGACGAGAUGGUGACGCUAUCCGGUGCACAUUCGAUUGGAGUCUCGCAUUGCUCCUCCUUCUCGGACCGCUUGUACUCCUUCAAUGCCACUCACACCCAAGACCCUUCAAUGGACACCAAGUUAGCUAGUCAACUGAAAUCUAAGUGUCCGAACAAUGGAGGCGCUAGCGAUCCCACUGUGCCAUUGGACUUGGUCACGCCGAACAGGCUAGACAACAAGUACUACACUAAUUUGAAGAACCACCGAGGCCUAUUGACUUCUGAUCAGACUCUUUUUAACAGCCCUUCAACGGCUAAUAUCGUGAGGAGCAAUGCAAAUAAUGGCGGAGCAUGGGCUAACAAGUUCGCGGCAGCAAUGGUGAAGAUGGGAUCGAUCGACGUCCUCACUGGGAGCGAGGGUGAGAUUAGGAGGAAAUGCAGAGUGGUGAACUAGAUAUGGACCAUUAGGUUUAACUUUGACUUUUCAUCCGACAUUGUUUCAUUUCUUUCAUUGCUGCUUCAAGUGUGUAUUAUCAUUUUUUUGUCCUCAACUUCAAGUGUGUAUUCAUCUGAUUUAAUUUCAUUGAUUUGGUUUAAGAA